AUGCCCAUUACCAGAAUUGGCCUCGUCGCCGUGCCCGACGAAAGCAAGCAGGAGCUCGCGAUCAAGGGGUUUGCGGACCUGGCAAGCCUGUGCAAGAAGCCCGAUGGCAGCACAUACAUCAUUUCCUCGAAGGCCGGCAAGGCCAACGUGCUCGUAUCCCAGCCGCCGUCUGCGGCGUGGACCGUCGUGACCGAGAUCACUUUUGCGAGCCAGGCGGAUCUCGACUAUUACCAGAACGAGGACCCCGUGUACCAGGCCGUUUUGAAGCAGAAUGCCGAGGAGAAGCUCGCGACUGGUAUUCUGGGAAUCACGACGGAGUUCUAG